AUGAGCAGUUACACUCAACUUGGUGUUCUAAAGCAGCAAGAUCAAAACCUCGACCUGGAUCUAGAUGCAGCGAAAAUACCCACAGGAGAGACUGAGACUUCCGAAGAUGAAGUCAAAUACAAGGACCCCAAUCUCGUGACCUGGGACGGAGCGGACGACCCUCUGAACCCAAAGAACUGGCCGAACAAGACCAAGUGGUCCUAUACCGUGGCGGUCUCGCUCUUCACCUUCAUCUCACCCGUUUCAUCGGCCAUGAUAGCCCCGGCCCUGUCACACCUGGCUCAAGAUCUGCAUAUGAAGAGCGCCAUCGAGGUGGAUUUGUCUCUAUCCAUCUUCAUCCUGGCAUAUGCCGUGGGGCCCGUCUUCUUCGGUCCGGCAUCCGAGAUCUGGGGCCGCGUGCGGCUCCUACAGCUCAGCAAUCUGUGGUACAUGGCCUGGAAUCUGGGGUGCGGCUUUGCCACGAACAAGGCCGAGAUGUUUGUGUUUCGAUUUCUAGCUGGCGCUGGCGGAAGUGCGCCGCUUGCCAUUGGAGGAGGAGCUUUGAGUGAUAUCUGGACGCCCGAAGACCGCGGCAAAGCAAUGGGAAUCUACGCGCUCGCCCCGAUCCUCGGUCCCGUGGUCGGCCCCAUAGCAGGCGGGUUUAUUGCCGAAAAGACAACCUGGCGCUGGGUUUUCUGGUCGUCCAGCGCCCUAGCGGUCUUCAUCCAAGCAGCCGGGCUGGUGUGGCUGCGCGAGUCGCACGCACCGACCCUCCUCAAACGGAAACGAGACCAGCUGGCCAAAAAGACCGGCAACACCGAAUUGUACAUCAUGGCCCCUACCACAAAUACCACGAACACUGCUCUCCAGCAUCAGCAUCAACAGCCCUCGCAGCUCCUCCUUUCCAGCAUCACCGGCGCUCUAAUCCGUCCAGCGCGUCUGAUCACCACCCAGCCCAUCGUCCAAGUCAUCGCACUUUACAUGGCCUACCUAUUUGGCGUGAUGUACCUCCUCCUCGUAACGUUCCCCGCCGUGUGGAGCGGCCCGACCAUGUACAACGAAAGCCUGGGCGUCGGCGGGAUCAACUACGUCUCGAUCGCGAUCGGGUCGUUCAUCGGCAUCAUCGUCAACUUCCGCUACAUCGACCGCAUCUACCGCCACUUGAAAGCCCAAAACGGCGGCGUCGGCAAGCCCGAGUUCCGCAUGCCGUCUAUGUUCGUCGGCUCGGUUCUCGUCACCGUUGGACUGUUCUGGUACGGCUGGAGCGUGCAGGGUCGGGCGCACUGGAUCAUGCCCAACAUCGGUGUUGUCAUCUUUUCUGCGGGGACAAUGGCAUGUCUGCAGAGUAUGCAGACGUACACUGUCGACUGCUAUACCAGUUUCGCGGCCAGUGCCAUGGCUGCUGUGGCGAUUCUGCGCAGUCUGGCCGGGUUUGGGUUUCCCUUGUUCGCUCCAUACAUGUACAAGGCUCUGGGGUAUGGUUGGGGGACAAGUGUGCUGGCCUUUGUCAGUAUCGGGAUUGGGUUUCCGGCUCCGUUUAUUUUCUGGUUCUAUGGUGAACGCCUACGGGGUAUGUCGAAGUAUGCUACCGGUUGA